GAAGAGUUUUUAGGUUACACCAGGACAGAGUUGAGCGGAAGGGCAACACUGGACGAUAACGUUGCACAUCUGCAGUUUCCAACGGACAGCACAAUGGAGGAAAAAGAAUGUCCUGUAGAUGACAAGUUUCCUGCAGAAAUCUACGCGGCUGAGGCCAUGGCUGCAGACAUGGAUCCCUGGAUCGUUUUCGACGCCAGAAGGACUCCCAGGUCGGAGUUUGACGGCUGGCUGGAGAGCAACAGACCCUCUCAGGUGUCCAGGUUUGGCAACGAGGAGGGUGGCAUCAGCCCUGUGGGCUGGAUCGCAGUGUUGGGCCCCAGCCACUUCCCAGGCAGCGGGGACGUUACGGGUCUCCAGGAGAGCUGGGAGAAACUUUUGUCCAGUGGRCGAUCCGUCACCUUCCAGACGGUGAAGGAGCUGGCCCUGAACCACGGCGUGCUCUCGGGCAAGUGGCUCAUGUACCUGGAUUCUGGCUUCAAGCUGGACCACGCGUGGGAGUGCGUGGCCAGAGCCACCAUGGAGGGCAAGAUCUCCUCCGUUAAAGUCAGCCCCUUCGAUCCUAAGGCAGACYGUAGGCACGUCAUCUGUGCCUACAACCAGAACUUCGCCGACGAGAGCGAGGUCAUACGGCUGGACUCGGUCAUUCGAGCCACGGGGGUGAAAUGCCCCCUCUCCUACAAGCCAGACGUUUACACAUACCUGGGGAUCUACAGGAACAAUCGCUGGAAGCUCUGCCCCACCAUUUACGAGAGCAAGUUCGACCUGGAGUGUGUUCCCCGGCGCUCYCACAUCGUCAACAAAGUCACCAAUCUUGAAGUGACUUAAGCCAGGACCGGAGAGUCGCGUCUUUUUAUGAAGGCUGUGCUGUAGUCAGAAUCUGAGACUGAAUUUCUAGCUUGUGGUCUUCCAUUUUUGAUUGUUCUUUUGAUGCCAUCCUAUUUAAYUUGACCCGACUUGCCGUCACAUUGUUUAAGAGGUUAUAGUAAUAUUAUAGAGGACAACAAAUUUUGUUUCUGCAUGAUGUAAAGAAAUCACACAUCACGUAACUUCUCAUUUGGAUUUAUUUAAAAAUAUAUAUUUUUCGUUAAGCUUCAAUUUUUGUUUGUUAUUAAACUAACAUCACAGCAUUACCAAAUAAAACUACUUUUGGAGACCUGUCUUUCAA